AUGGAAGACAACAAGUCGAGAGGCAACUUGACAUCUAAUGAUGGCUGGAUUUGCAUGGAUGGCGGGACAGCAACAACGGCUAGAACAGCUGUGGGGACAGUUGUGGCGAUAGCGAGAGUAGUGGUGAAGGUGGUGGUGGUGGUGGUAGCAGUGGUGAUGGUGGUGGUGGUGGUAGUGGUGGCGGAGGAGGAGGAGGAGGAGGAGGAGGAGGAGGAGGAAGAGGAGCGAAUGGUUGUGUUGACUGUGGGGCAUCCACUGGACGUGGCAUGUAUAAAAUUGUCCUACAACCCUGACCAAUCCCAUUUUCAUCCACACUGA